UGGCAUAGAUAUUCAAGCGAUUUCCCUUCGCACGUGCCUCGGCUUUGUACAGAAAUUGUAUUAUCUGACCUUUAAUAUUUUCGUAUAGGUUCAUUAUUCUGCCCCCGCUCAGGUCUGCGUGCCCGAGAAUUGAGCAGUACCGUGGUUGUCGUCGUCUAGUUAAUAUAUUUGUAUCGUUUCUAAAUUAUAAUUAUUCGUUAACGCUUUUCCGAUAAUUUUCAUCAACCUUCUCUCUGGGCGAUGCGAUAUAUAAUUUUUUCAAUAGUGAUCUUUCACUUCUUCAAUGGCUGUGUACUUCUCUCUGAGGAUAAUCCAUGCACGGGAUCGCAAUGGUUCAGGUGCGACAAUAGUAGAUGCUUAAGUCAUUUUUUCGUUUGCGACGGCGAAGAUGAUUGCGGUGAUUUUUCAGAUGAAAAAGAUUGCGCGGAGUUCAAGUUUAAGCCGGAUGUAGAAUGUCGCGCGGACGAGUUUCGAUGCUCGGAUAACAUGUGCAUUUCAGAAGAUUUCGUCUGCGAUGGUAAUCACGAUUGUUUGGACUCAAGCGAUGAGACCCUUGGCUGUAGCAGAGAACAUAAUUGCACCGAUGGGUUCAAGUGUAAAAAUGGAUAUUGCAUACCGAAGGAAUGGAAAUGUGACGGCGUCAACGAUUGUAAAGAUAACAGCGACGAAGAGGAUUGCACUCACAAAUUGACGCCGGAAGAGUGUACACCAGAGAGGGGUUAUUUUUUGUGCGCAAAUCGUGAUUGUAUCUCGUUGAAAAUUGUCUGUGAUACGAGGCCGAAUUGUCCCGAUGGUAGUGACGAAGAUGUGGAUGGGUGCAGAAUUGCUGAGCAACAAUGUACCAACGGAACCUGCGAUCACUUCUGCAAUAGAACGCCAAAGGGUGCCGCCUGCUCUUGUCGACCAGGCUACGAAUUACUGAAAGAGAAAAUCUGCGUCGAUAUAAACGAAUGUCUUACCUAUGGAAUUUGUGAUCAAACCUGCGAAAAUCUCGAGGGCUCGUACCGCUGUAGCUGCAAAUCAGACUACACUUUGCAAGAUGACAAACGUACCUGCAAGACUGACCUCGGUGAAGCUGUAAUGAUUUACUCCUCGAAGACCGACAUUCGCGGCCUUUACCUCACCUCUCAGGUGAUGUUUUACGUUGCCCGUAAGCUGCAGCACGUAGUCGGCGUUUCUAUCGACACAGACUACGUUUACUGGUCCGAUGUCCAGCUUGGCGACGAAGCGAUUGUUCGAAGCAAGGAAGAUGGAUCAGAAAGAGAGGUCAUCAUUACCGCAGGACUUGGAAUCCCAGAAGAUAUAGCAGUUGAUUGGGUAACUGGCAACUUGUACUUCACCGACGGUCAAAUGCAACACAUUGCAGUAUGCACCAAUAACGGAUUAACUUGCACGGUAAUCGUUCGCGAAUACGCUGACAAACCACGGGGCAUUAGUUUGCUACCGUCAAAAGGAGAGAUGUUCUGGAGCGACUGGGGGGAGAAACCUCAGAUAUCGAGAGCGCAUAUGGAUGGAAAAAAUAUCACGGCGUUUAUCACCGAAAAUAUAGUCUGGCCAAAUGGCUUGACGAUAGAUUACCCGAACGAGAGAUUAUACUGGGUUGACGCCAAACUGAAAAUCAUAGAGACCAUCAAGUUGGACGGAAGUGAUCGUAGAAUUGUUCUGCACUCGGUGGCGGAGCACCCGUACUCGAUAGCAAUCUUUGAGAAUAAAUUGUACUGGAGCGAUUGGAAGACCAACAGCAUCCAGUCGUGUAACAAAUUCACGGGAAAGGGUCACGUUACUGUUGCGAAAGAAAAAAAGUCGAUCUACGGAAUACACAUCUUUCACUCUACCCUUAAACCAAAGAUGCCAAACCCUUGCAUCGCUGGCCUAUGUUCUCACAUCUGUUUGUUGGCACCUAACGCAACGUAUUCUUGUGCUUGCCCGGCGGACAAAGAAUUGGGUCAAGAUAGGCACCGCUGUCGAGCAACGGAAAAGGAAAAGAAGAUAAUGGUCGGCGCAGGUCAUAUGUUCAUAGAAAUUCAUCACGAAGUAUUGGGAAAGCCAAAACUAUCUGCAAUUUUCUUGCGUCAGGAUAUUACGGCUAUCACUUAUGAUCCGCAGGGGGGCACCAUCUUAGCGAGUGAUCAACUUCGGAAUAUAAUAUUCAAGUACGAUCCGAAUACUGGAGAAACGGUCACGCUCCUCUCGACAGAAAUCGGUCGCGUCAGUGCGAUGGACUUUGACAACGUAGGAAGGAACUUAUACUGGUGUGACGCCCUUUUUCACAAUAUCGAAGUUUACAGUCUCAACACAAACGAAAGGGCGAUGAUUAGAGAACGAAUGGAAGCUGUGCCUAUCGAUCUAGCGGUUAUUCCUGAACACGGCUUGAUGUACGUUGUUUUGAAAUCACCCGAUGGCAUUCAUAUCGACAAAAUGCAAAUGAGCGGAACUGGCAGCCAGACUCAUGUAGUUGAAUCUGGUUUGCUUGGUCCUUCGGUUUCGAUCGUGUACGAUGCCCACUUGGGGCGUAUUUUUUGGGCCGACCAAGGCGCGGAAAUAAUCGAAAGUACUUCGUUAGAAGGCACCGACAGACAUCGAUUCAGACCGAACGUGCAGGCUCCUGUAAGCCUGGCGAUUCUGGGCAAUGAAAUAUUUUGGACUUCGUACGCUUCCAAGCGUUUGUAUUGGGCGGAUAAGCUUGGAAACAUACCAGGAGAGAAGAAGAUCACAUUAGGGGUUCCUGAUAACAUGGAAAAAUUGCAUUUGGUGGCCAUGGUGCACAUUGGAAAGCCGAUACAACACCCCUGCCGGAGCGCUAAUGGCGGGUGCUCGCACGUUUGCCUCGUCGUUUCUGAUCAAUUGCGCACAUGUAGCUGCCCAUCUGGAAUGAUUCUGGACGUCGACAACAGCACUUGUAUAACUCAGAUCAACUGCAAGGUCUACGAGAUGAAAUGCGCGUCCGAUGGUAGCUGUAUCGACAAGAUCAAAAAGUGCAACGGAGUGAAGGAUUGUCCGAAAGGCGAAGAUGAAGCUGACUGUCACUCAGAAUCUGUAAUCUGUGGUAUCCAUCGCUUCAAAUGUAAAAACGGAGAUUGCGUCCCCGAUAGUACGCGUUGCGACUCAAAUUACGAUUGCACGGAUCGUUCCGACGAAGACGACUGCGAGCACAAAUCGUGCGAUGAAGACGAAUUCCAAUGCCGACACGGUAAAUGCGUCUCGAAAUAUUCGGUUUGUGACGGACGCAAAGACUGCAUCGAUGGUUCGGACGAGGAGAACUGCAAUGAUCACACUUGUGACCCGGAAAGAUCUUUUGCUUGCAAGAUCGGUGGAUGCAUACCGAAGUCCUGGGAAUGUGACGGGCAGGUCGACUGCCCGGAUGCAUCUGACGAGAACGCGGAAUGCACAGCAGUCACUUGCAGUCCGAACAUGUUUACUUGCCGGAAUAAUCGCUGCAUUGAUCGGCUGCUGGUCUGCGACCUGGUCAAUGACUGCGGCGACGGAUCUGACGAAGUGCCUUGCUCAGACGAAGAGAAGAAAACCUUGAUCUCUUGCGGGACAAAUGAAUUUCGCUGUUUUGGAACCAACAAAUGCCUUCCCGUCGAAGCUAGAUGUGAUGGGGUUCCGAAUUGUCCGAUGAAAGACGACGAACUUCUUUGCACCGACUGCGAACCGGGUGACUUCACGUGUAAGAACGACAAGUGUAUUCCCAUGGAUUGGAGAUGCGAUCACCAGGACGAUUGCGGUGACGGAUCUGACGAGCAGGAUUGUGCUGGUCACACCACCGAAAUCGAAGAUAACAACAGAGUUGCAGCGGCUCACUGCGAAGAGUACAAAUGCGUCAGUGGGGCCUGCAUUCCGUACAGUAGCGUUUGCAAUAAGAUUGUUGAUUGCUACGACCAGAGCGACGAAAACGGGAGAUGUGAGACCGCAUGUACACCCAAAAAUCCAUGCGAGGGAAUCUGUUACAAGACACCUUCCGGUCCGAUUUGUGGCUGUGCGAAAGGAUAUCGGCUGAAAAGCGACGGUUUCUCUUGCGAAGAUAUCGAUGAGUGUGAGCUCGGCAUGUGCUCCCAGGAUUGCCAGAAUAAAAUGGGAUCAUUUUCCUGCUCAUGUUUUGCUGGAUUCCUGCUACGUUCAGACGGACGAACCUGUAAAGUAGCCGCAGGUCCACCAAUGGAGAUAGUACUGGCAACCAAAGAUGACAUCAGAAAGAUUUCACAAUCUGUUGAUACGGUAGAAAUAAUUUAUUCCGAGUCUGGUAUUGGCGUUGGUAUAAAUGAUGUCGACUUGAACAUUGCCAAGAAAAUGGUCUACUGGAGUUCAGAGAUCACAGGAACGAUUUUUCAACUAUCGUUGGAAACAAAGGAGAGACGGAACGUGACAAAGAUCGGAAAACCCAGAGCCAUAUCCGUCGAUUGGGCAACUGAUAAUGUGUACUUUUAUGACGCUCAGAGUCCACAGGCUAUCAAGAUAUGUAAUUUGGAAGAGCGAAAAUUUGCGCACGUUCUGGAGAUCAACUCCGACAGUAUCGUUAACGCCAUGACGGUCGAUCCAGCGAACGGCUUUAUCUUUUGGGGGCAAUCGGAUUCGUGGUCGCAAAUGAAACCAACCAGUGAAAUUCAUCGAGCCGAUAUGACGGGGAAAAAUCCGGUUUUAAUUGCUUCAAAAGAAUUGGGGCUUGUUAGCGGACUUGCAGUCGAUCAUUCCAGAGGACGUUUAUACUGGGCCGAUCGGCUUUUGCAUCUAAUCGAGAGAUCAGAUCUAAAUGGUAACGAUCGCAGUAUUGUGUUUUCUUCAAACGUUCACCGUCCAUAUGGCUUAAAUUUAUUCGACAAUUCCCUUUUCUGGCUGACCCCAGGUACUGGUAAAAUGACUAGCUGCUCAUUAUUCGGCGGAAAUGGAACUUGCCGAGAGAUUCUAAUAACCGCAUCUCAUAACGAGGAACAUUUCGCGAUUAUGCAAGUAUCGAGACAACCGGCAGUCAACAAUAACGUUUGCCAAGCACAUAACUGCAGCAACAUGUGCGUCAUAAAUAAGGGAGGGAUUGGUUGUCUGUGCCAAAAUGGGACAGUUGUUCCGUCGAACGAGGUAUGCAGCAAUGUGACCAUUCUUCGAGCACCUGAUUUCGGACCCCCUGUAUCGGAUAAAUACGAGGGCGGUUACGUCGCGGGAAUUUUAACCACCAUCUUUAUCUGCAUCAUUAUACUAGCAGCCUAUUACUAUUACCAGAAGAGAAGGCUCGACGCUGGCAAGUGCGAUUUAAGCAUACACUUUCAAAAUCCAAAUUUUGGGUGCGAUCCUAUAUUACUUCCGGACGCAAACUCGCUGAUGAUCCCACCCGGAGAACACGAAUACGUCAAUCCGACCGUCGAGAUCCGUUCCAAGAUUCCGGAAACCAUGGUGCCCACGAAACGGACGCUGCAAUUAAAGGACGGUGAAGAUAUCUUGACGAGUGAAAGCGAGGAUGGAAAUUACCUCCCACAUGCUCGACUUAUACACUGAUGUGUUAACGAAUAUGUCGAUGUACAAAUGUGAAAAUUUAAAGUCAAAGCACGCUCAUAUUUGCAGUCUUUACCUGGAUUGUUCCCUUGUGUAUAGUAAAAUCUAAAGUAUUUUAUUAUCUACCAUUGUGGAGAUUACUAAUCAAAUACGUUUUAUAUGUCAUAUAUUGUAAAUUAUAUAUGUUAAAUUAUAUUUUGAUAAACUUUUUAGUAUUUUUGUUAUAUGUAUGUGUACAAAAAGAAUUUCAAACGCUUA